GGCCAUGGGGGGAUCCAAGAGUAAGCCCAAGGAUUCAGGCCCGCGGAGCCGCAGCCUCGAUGACAACCUCAGCUCUGGAGGAGGGGCUGGUGGCCGCCACCUCAACUCUUAUCAUCCGUCCCCGUUACCCAACCGAAGCCCUACCAUGGACGGAGGUCUCAGUGGCAAUCCGUCUCUGGCCAAUCCUGCAGAGCUGGCCCUGUUUGGAGGAGUGGACAAUAACAGCGUCACCGCUCCAAACAGAAUCACCCUGGCAGGGGGCGUGACGACCUUCGUGGCGUUGUAUGACUACGAGUCUCGAACGGCCUCAGAUCUGUCGUUCAGGAAGGGCGAACGUCUCCAGAUCGUCAACAACACGAGGAAGGUGAACUGCAGAGAAGGCGACUGGUGGCUGGCGCGCUCCCUGACCACUGGAGAGAGCGGUUACAUCCCCAGCAAUUACGUGGCUCCAUCCGACUCCAUCCAGGCAGAAGAGUGGUACUUUGGCAAAAUCACCCGCCGCGACUCGGAGCGUCUGCUGCUGAGCUUAGAGAACAGGAGAGGGACUUUCCUGGUGAGAGAGAGUGAGACCACCAAAGGUAAGAGUGCAGAGAGAGACAGAGUUCUGACCCACAUCUCUCCAUGCAUGCGUUGGUCCUGGAAUUCUGUCACGUGUGAAUAUAACUCACAAUAGGAUCAAUUUCCAUUGAUU